AUGAACAAGCCACAGUCGGCCUACGAUUCGCUCCCCCAUAUCCCGGAAUACUACGACAACUCCAACUCCAACUCGCACAACUCGGCCCUCCACCUCAUACUCACACUGCGGCCUGACUGGCGCGAGUCCCAGGACACGGUCGAGUUUGUGCGAUUCACAGAUGGCAUCACAAACACACUUUUGAAGGCAAUCAACAAGCGGCCGGGCUUGUCCAAGGCUGAGGUGGACGAGGAUGCGAUCCUGCUGCGUGCGUACGGCAAAGGCACCGAUGUGCUCAUAGACCGCGAGAAAGAGACCCGCUCUCACUGCCUCCUCGCCCGCCAUGGCCUCGCACCCCCGCUCUACGCCCGGUUUGAGAACGGUCUCCUUUACAGAUACAUUUCAGGCAGCGUGUGCUCACCUGCUGACCUGCGACGGCCAGAUGUAUGGCGCGGGGUAGCGCAGAGGCUUGGAGAAUGGCAUGCAACAUUACCAAUAUCGAGUAUCAGCAGCACUUGUCCUGCUCCCUCUCAACUUGCUACCAACAACAAGCGUGCUUCUUUGGUGGCCAUGGCCCAGCUCACGCCCGGCAAGCCCAUUCCCAAUGUGUGGACCACUGUGCAGAAAUGGAUCGAUGCGCUCCCAACAAGCACCACCGCGCAGACGACACGCCGAGAGCAACUUUCUACCGAACUCCGUUCCCUCACCAAGCUGCUGGCUGACACGCCCGGCGUUGGUGGCUCGAACCCCUUCGUUUUCGCUCACUGCGAUCUCCUGUCCGGCAACGUGAUCAUCGAGCCAUCGUCAUCGUCCGCGUCGAACUCACGUCGUUCUAGUUCCUCGAAUGGCUCUGAGGAGCCCGAGACGGCUGCGGCUUCUGUGACCUUCAUUGAUUACGAAUACUCGACACCUGCACCUGCUGCCUUCGAUAUUGCAAACCACUUCGCCGAGUGGGGUGGUUUUGACUGCGACUACAGCGUCUUGCCCACACGCAGUGUGCGCCGCAGCUUCCUCCGCGAAUACCUCCGUAGCACGAGCACACACCUGAACCGCACACACACCGAGGCAGAAGUCGAGGAGCUUUUCGAGCAGGUCGAUAGAUUUCGAGGAGUACCGGGCUUUUACUGGGGCAUCUGGGCCCUGAUCCAGGCGCAGAUCUCCUUGAUUGACUUCGACUAUGCAAGCUAUGCUGAAGUCAGGCUCGGCGAAUAUUUUGCGUGGAAACGAGAGGUCAGCGGCGAGCGAGAGAAGUCGGGAGAAGCCAUGCCGGAGCGAGAACAAAUCUGGGCCAAGGAGGAGUAG